CCUUAAGUGUGAUAAUGGGCCCCCUUUUAAUAGCUCAGAAUUAAACGUGUGGUUGAAAAACGUUUGGGGUGUAAAGCUUAUCCAUAGUACGCCACUAAAUCCUACAGAAAACGGAAUGGUCGAAAGAAGUAUGCAAGGCAUAAAUAAAAUAACUGCCAUCGUCAGUCUACGUAGAGAUAACUGGAAGGAGGCUCUAGCGGAUUAUGUAGCGGCUUACAACUCGUGGCCACAUCAUGUCACGAAGAUUCCACCUGCCGAACUCAUGUUUGGAAGACCAAUCAGAGGAUUGCUUCCGGACAUACGUACAGAUCAACAACUAAUGGAUGAUAGCGAACUGCGGGAACGUGAUCAAGCGGCGAAAUUCAAUAGAAAUAUUCGGGAAGAUAUUCGACGAGGAGCCGGUAGUUCUGAAAUAAGCAUUGGAGAUAAGGUACUAGUGUCUCGCCAGAAGCGUGAUAAGGCCGAUUCUGUUUACAAAAACGCAUUGCACGAAGUAGUAAAAAUAACAGGAGAAGGACGGGCAACUAUUACAGACUUGACAUCUAGCAAGACAUUUGAUCGAAAUGUUAAGCAUCUGAAGAGAUUCAGAGAGAGAAGCCAAGAAAAGAUGACAACUGGUAGAAACAAAAAGGAAACGCCAGGGGAAAAUACACAUUCGACAGGACAAAAUUUAGAUGGCUGUGGUUUGCAGGGAGAGGAGUCACCGAUCGAAAACGUAAUCUCAUGCAGGGGUGAGACGGUUUCUAAGCGACGAGCGGCAAGAAUAAUUAAACGUCCACAACGAUAUGUUGCUGCAACUAAUAUGUUACCAGAUUUAGUCACAAUCAAGUUGCUACCAUCGUUUUCGUCUAACUUGUGCUGCUCGGGAUGUGGCAUCUCAAUAACUAUUACUACCUUGAGUUGGGUAACCGGCAGUGUGCGUGUAGUGUGUAUGAAGAGCGAGAAUAAUAAACAUAUCGAUAAUGUUGAGCUGACAAGCGGUGUUUCUGCUAUUCAUAAAUUCCUGGAUAUCACAGUUACGAUGGAAGAGACGUACGGCAUUGGGUAUAUUUUCCUUGCACCAUUGGACUUUGCGAAAGCGGCUUUCGAUGAGCUUAGUUUGUUCAUCUGA